AAAUGAAAAAAACCCAAAAAAUUUAAAGAGACAAAGUUGUCCCUCUAAACAUUUUGGCUUUCCCCCCUUCUCCAAAAAUUUUUUCUUUCUCUCAAAAAAAUCAAAAUUCCCCAAAUCAUAUUCCUAUUCCUAUUAUAAUGGAAAGACGACCAACAAAAAAACAAUUCGAGCGACUUCUACUUCUUCUGUAAAACCCUAACUAUCCAAAUCCCCCCUUUUUUCUCUACAAAACUCCCUCUUUCUCUCUCCUUUUUCAUUUUCCCCCUUCAAAAUCCAACAUACCCAGUUCAAUUUUUCCUCAGAUUUCGAUCUUAUUUCAAUUAAUAGAUCUAUAAUUGAUUGAUUGAUUGAAUUUUUUCAUCGCAAUUUCAUCGGUUAAUUGUUUAAUUUUGUGCUGUAAUAAUUUGUGUUUUCACUGUUUUUGGAAUUUUUUUGCUGAUUGAAAUUUAGGGUUUGCUUAAAGUUUUAAUCUUUCGUGAUUAAUUGAAAAAUUAAUCGAGGCUGGCGAAUUUUGAGGUGUAGUAAAUGGCGGAUCCGCCUGGUCUCCGCCUACCAUUUUCUGGGUUGGAAGCCAUUAACGUUCAAAAUUUAGGGUUUCGAAGAUUUGUUUUGGAUAGUUCUAAGUCAUAUUUGAUAGAUAGAGAAGAAGAAGAAGUAUGCUGAGCGUGGUUAGAGUGCACCUUCCGUCCGACAUUCCCAUUGUAGGUUGUGAGCUUUCGCCGUAUGUUCUUCUUCGAAAACCCGAUAAGAGUGUCAUUAACGAGGAUGUUCCUGAGACUGCUCCAAUUGAUGGUCAGUUCUUAAGAUAUAAGUGGUAUCGUAUACAGAGUGACAAAAAAGUUGCUGUUUGUAGUGUGCAUCCGACCGAGCAAGCCACUCUGCAGUGUAUUGGUUGUGUUAAGGCCAAGAUCCCUGUGACGAAAAGCUACCAUUGCUCUCCCAAGUGCUUUUCAGAUGCUUGGCAGCAUCAUCGUGUUUUGCAUGACCGUGCUGCCAGUGCUGUGAAUGAGAAUGGGGGUGAAGAGGAAGAUAUGUUUGGACGCUUAAGUAGCUCAGGUUCUGGAGUUCUGAGUGCCGGCUUGGCUCCUUCUGCAUCUAGCCCCAACUUGACCAAUGGCUCCACAUCUUUAUAUCCUGUUGCUGUUACCCAGAGGAGUGGCAGUGAAACAUGGUUUGAAGUUGGACGUUCUAAGACAUACACACCAUCCGCUGAUGAUAUUGGUCAUGUUUUGAAAUUUGAAUGUGUUGUUGUAGAUGCUGAGACAAAGCAAACUGUCGGACAUCCAAUGACGCUUACUACAUCUCGGGUCAUCCCUGCACCUACACCGACACCUCGUCGCAUGAUUUCAGUUAGUGGCGCAGAUGUAAUGGGACAUUUGGAUCCUGAUGGGCGUAUUGCAUCUGCCGGGACAUUUACUGUGGUUUCAUACAAUAUAUUAGCUGAUGCAUAUGCCACUAGUGAUACAUAUAGUUACUGUCCUUCGUGGGCCCUUUCCUGGCCUUAUCGCAGACAAAAUUUGUUGCGAGAAAUUGUUACUUAUCGUGCAGACAUUGUAUGUCUUCAGGAGGUUCAAUAUGAUCAUUUUGAAGAAUUCUUCUCUCCUGAGCUUGACAAGCAUGGCUACCAUGCUCUAUAUAAGAGGAAAACUUCAGAGGUAACUCAUACAGUUGAUGGUUGUGCCACAUUCUUCCGAAGAGACAGAUUUACCCAUGUAAAAAAAUACGAGGUCGAGUUUAACAAGGCCGCACAGUCUUUAACAGAGGCUGUAGUUCCUACUACCCAGAAGAAAACUGCUUUGAAUCGACUUGUCAAGGAUAAUGUUGCACUAAUCGCCGUCUUGGAAGCCAAAUUCAGUCAACAGGGUGCUGAUACAACCCCUGGAAAACGACAGCUUCUUUGUGUUGCAAAUACACAUGUAAAUGUGCAUCAAGAACUGAAGGAUGUCAAACUUUGGCAGGUUCAUACUUUAUUGAAAGGGUUGGAAAAGAUUGCUAAUAGUGCUGAUAUUCCAAUGUUGGUGUGUGGAGACUUUAAUUCAACUCCUGCAAGUGCUCCUCAUGCACUUCUUGCAAUGGGUAAAGUUGAUCCACUACAUCCCGAUUUAGCCGUGGACCCUUUAGGAAUAUUGCGGCCUCAUACAAAGCUUGCACACCAGCUUCCACUGGUCAGUGCAUAUUCAUCCUUUGCAAGAGGGAUGGGACCAGCUUUAGAGCAGCAAAGGCGGAGAAUGGAUCCUUCAACAAAUGAGCCCCUAUUUACAAACUGCACAAGAGAUUUUAUAGGGACCCAUGAUUACAUAUUCUACACAGCGGACUCUUUGACGGUGGAAUCUUUACUUGAAUUAUUGGAUGAGGAUAGCUUAAGGAAGGACACAGCUCUUCCUUCUCCAGAGUGGUCUUCAGAUCAUAUAGCACUUUUAGCCGAAUUUCGUUGCAAAUCAAGAAUUCGACGUUAGCACUCGAGGGGCUGCCUUGAAGAUAUGUUGACAAAAAAUUGACGAGUUGAUGGAUAUAUCUCUUUGGAAGUCAUUUUAAGAAUGGUGGUUCAGGCCUGUGUUCUUCCCCAGGUAUUAUCCACCUCAUAGGGGGUAUCCGGCUAUGAUCUGCCCUGUAUCAUGUUUCCUUGUCCCAUAGAAAAUAUGAUCCUAUUCAAAUUUUCCUUUUUUAUAAUAGAAAUUAUCACAGCUUAUCUGUGGGCUCGAUGUGAGUAGUGAUGUUUUUUUACCCUGUCAAGUUUUUACAACAGCAAUACAGUAGCGUUUGCAAUUCAGAUGGGCUCACUUCUGUAGGUUUCUUGUAUUUUUCUUAGUGGGUAAUAGUCUUCCCCCAUUUUUCUUAGUACAAAAGCAAGAUAACAAAGAUACAGUUGAUUAUCUGCUUCUGUCAAAAUAUAGUAUCAUAGUCACCCCAGUUCCUUUUCAAGGUGCAAAUACCUCCUUUUUUUACAAUAUUUUUCUUGUCUUAGAUUGAUCUUUGUGUUGGUUCCAUAUGCAAAUUGUUUCGAUUCCUUUUCACUUUGUAUGGAACCCUAUUGAUGCCAAUGGGAUGCUGGAAUUCAUCGUAUUAUAGCCAUGUUCAAAGUUCAGGAAUGGGUUCCUUGGAUGUCUGUACCUGUAAUGUGGAAAAUGGUUUUUGGACAUUCAAAAGAUCUGUUUAUGCAAUUUCUUCUGCAA